UCUUCCACAGUUUUGCUAAGGCCUAAGGUAUCAUGGUGGAAGCCCAUCGUUUUUCCCCGGCAAUGGCGAUCUCCAGUACCUUGUCAGGUAAUGAUCGAUGAUUUUCUCUCUCCAUUCCUCGCUUCUUUAUCUCCACGACAUCUCACGCGAGUCAUAGGUCAAUAAAAGAAGCUAAAAUCUAUGAUAAUCUAAUCAAAGCCCUUGUUACUUUGUUCUACGCAGUUCCCCUACUAAUGUGUCAUUCAAGAUCGUAGUGUUCUCUACAAAAAAUGCAGGACUUCACUGAUAAAGUUGGCGUUUCGGAGGAAUCUGUGGCUUUUGAAGAGAAUAUCGGGUACAAAAUCAAUCAAAGAGUUCAUUUUGUUGGUGAUUCUCGGAGAAUUGGUAUUGUGAAGUAUGUUGGACCUGUUGAAGAGUAUCCGAGAAUAUGGGUUGGUGUUGAUUGGGACAAUGGAGAAGGGAAACAUGAUGGUUCCAUUAAUGGAGUUCAGUAUUUUCAGGCGAAAGGUGAAAAAUCGGCUUCAUUUGUCCGGCCUUAGAAUUUAUCCUCCAAAGAAGAAGAAGAAGAAAUGUAUGUUCUUUCAGCAAGAAAUAGACGAGUAGCAAUCCAACUUGUUGAUAAACAUAAAGUUCAGGAUAAGCUAAGUCGAUUUGAAGAGUUGGUAGGUGCAUCUCUAUCUUAUUUAGGUGUUAGCUCAACUGUACCCCCUGGUCAGAUCAAUGCUGUAGUGCCAAAUUUGAAGGAGCUAGAUUUGACUGGAAAUUUGCUUUCAGACUGGCAAGUAUGUUUCUUUGGGGGUUCCAUAUACUUGAUUUAG